AUGUUUGCGACUCGUGCUGCGCGCAACUUUGCGACCGCUGUGCGGUUCAACGCCAAGCCCCAGUUCCUGCGCAAGAAGCUCAGCACGGACCUUGCUGGUAUCGAGCUGCACCCCAACCCGCUGCCUGCGCUGGAGGCCAAGUAUACCCGCACGCUCGAGGUGCUCAAGGCGCUCCCUGAGUCGGCGGUCUACCGCCAGUCGGCUGAGGCUGCGACGCAGAGCCGACUCGACAUUGUGCGUUCGGCCAUGUCCGAAAAGUCGCAGACCGACCCCUCGCUCAACGAGCACGCGAUCGGUGUCGUCACGAGCCAGAUCGACUCGGGCGCCGCCGAGGAGCUGCUUAUCCAGGCCGAGGACGAGCUGACCCUCGCUGCCAAGAUGAUUGACUGGAAGCCGUACGUGGACAUUGAGGGGUAUGCUAACUACAGAUACGAGCCGCUCCAGGUGCCGGCGCCGCCGGGCCAGUGGAAGGCUUUCUCGAUGAAGGAGGCUGCUGGCGAGGGCGACCACUAG